UAAUUCCGCGUGGGCAUUUAAAAUGCCCCCAUUUUUUGACUUGAACCAAUCCGCGUAGAACAAAGUCGUUCCCCGCAAAUUCUUGAAUCCGCAGUAGCGUGGAUUUGACAGUAAAGUCUGUCACACUUCCCUCUGCGAAUGUCUCGUUCAAAUUGCAAUCGAUCACUGGGCUUAUUUUAUUACUAAAGCCACCCCCACUUAAUUCUACAGAGGAGAUUUUUUUCAAUCUGUGUGUGUGUGUGUGUGUGUGUGUGUGUCUGUGCCAAAUUCUCAACCAAGUGGCCGCACGUGCUUCUCACAAUACCGCGCUUUUAAUUUAAAAUUUGCAUCCCCUUCAUGUGCGCAUUGUUUUUGAUAAGCGCGAGACACUGACUGACCGGCGGAGAGCUCGUGCUGCAGGAACAGAAGGUGCGCGAGACUCGGUUUGGAUCACACACACACACACACACACACGAUGAGUGCGCGCGGUGAGGAAGCCGCCGGCGAAGCUUCAGGAUCGCAGCCCGAGCCCGAGCCCGAGCCCGCCCCGCCUGAGCCAAAGAAGAGGGGACCGGGUAGACCCAGGAAGCCGCAACAGGAACCCACAGGAGAGCCUGUCCCCAAACGACCGAGGGGACGCCCCAAAGGAAGCAAGAACAAGGGCCCCUCCAAAGCAGUGCAGAAGAAAGCUGAGACCACAGGGGAGAAGAGACCUCGAGGAAGACCCAGGAAAUGGCCACAGCAAGUGGUCCAGGAAAAGCCCGCUCGGGAAGAAGAAGAGGAGGAGGCGGAGCAAGACGAGGACUAAGCAACCACAGGAUUUUACCUCUACCUCAUCCAGCUGUCAGCUCUCUCCAAGGGAAAAGACUGCCUUGACCACUUAAUAUUGACUUCCCACUUUUGUUUUAUCAUUUUGGUUUGUUUAUUUUCCCUUUUCCUCAUUGGUUUAUUUGAGUUUGGUUUCGUUUUGUGAUCAACACACACAACACCUCAGAGCGUAACCUAAAAAAAAAGACGCAAAUGCAAACAAACAUCUUGCAGAUGAAAAUUUGAGCCGCCUGGCUGUUUCCACUUCCCACAAAACAGCUGUAAGCACAUAGGCGCAGGGGUUAAACAUACAGGAUGUGCUACAGUGGUUCUUUGCACCACACACAAACACACACACACACACACAUUCUUGUUGACUGAUUUUUCAGGUAACAUUGGCAAAGUAGAAGGUGAAACUGUCUGGGUUUGUCAUUCAACAUGUGGUGCUCCUUAUAUCUGGGUGGAGCUUACACAAGACACCCCCCCCCCCCCCCCCCACACACACAGUAUCGUACCACCAAAGACCAUUUUCCCUUCCCUGUCCACUUCAUUUUGAUGUUUUGACCAAAAUGAAAGUGAGCUUUAAAAGUAUUUGCCUUAAAACUGCAAACAGAGCCUUAAAC